AUGGGCGCCGUACGGCGAUACUCCGACUGUCAAGCGGAGGUCGCGCGGAAGCUCCUCGCAUCGCUUCCCCCAGCGGAGAGCGCCGUCCCCACACACCACCGCCGUGUUGGCGGCGCGCUGGAUAAACCGCGCGAAUGCACGAGCCGUGAUUCGAACAUCCAGAGCCCCGACAUGGAAAGGGCAAGCAACAGGAGGAGCCCAGCAUCGAAUAAUAAGAACGCCGGUGACGGGGAGUUAGCGUCGGCGAACGGAAUCAACAACAGCAGUAACAGUAGCACUAACAAACGCAUCGGGAGCAGUAAGGUCGUCGGGUCGCGAGAUGUGUUCGGCCAAGCCGCGGCUCCGCAAAAAGAGCUCGAGCCGCUCAAGGCGCGGCGGCGGUCGAGCAGCGACUGGAGCGACGGAGCGAACCCAGUGGGGAUCCUGGACGACAUCGGCGAUCUGUAUGCGACGAAUGACUGCGACGAUGCAGGUUCCUUGCGCGAAAACGCGCAGCGCCGUGACUCCCUCCCGCGAGUGACUGGCGACACUACUGCCGCCAUUCCCCGCGCGGGCUCGGCGGAACUCCCGGCGCUGGCAGCGCAAGCUCCCGCGAGGCCUGCCGGUGUCCCGCGACAGGCGGGUGCGACAUCUGACGCGCGUGCAGGUCGCCGCCGAUCGUUCGACGGGCAGAUUGACCGGGUGAAGAACCCCGCCAUUGCGGGCGGCGGCGGCGGCGGCGGCACGGGCGCCGUCGGCUCGCCUGUGUGGGCGGCGGAAUGCGGGGAUCUGUACGGCAGCGAGGAGGGCGACCACGUGCCGAUCACGUGGCAUGGCGACGACGAUGAGGAUGGGGUGAACGCACCGGCACACGGCAACCGAUUAGCGUCCGCCGGCAGCAUCGACGCCUUGCAAGCAAAGGUGCGCGCGCCGCCGCCCACUGGUAGGGGUUCCGCGAGUGCGAGAAGUGCUUCUGCGGGUCGGCCAGCCCCGCGCGCGCUAAAGGGCGCGGUUGAGCAACAAGAGGCGGCGUGGCUUCCGCCUCGCGCGGCGAAAAAGCCGCCGCGAUUGGAGGACGAGGAUGAGGAGGGCGCGGGGAGCGACAGCGGCGGUAGCGGAGGCGGCGCGGUGGUUCGGCGUCACACCGUGGGCGUGGUCGGGCGGGAGAGACGCGCUGCGAGUACGGGCAGGGCGAGAACGGCGCGGAGCGGAAGCGGCGGGCUGGAUGACGUGGCGCUGCGGAAUAACGCGCAAGUAGUAGCGCGGAAUCCGGGCGUUGUGGCGGCGAUGGUUGCGGGGGAGGAGGACGGGGAGGACGACGGGGACGAGGCGGAGUGGAGCAGCCCCGAACGCAGUCUCCGCCGAUCAACCACUGUUGACAGCGCAGUGCGCCGUCGCCCCGCGGGGGGCUGGAAGGGGAAUAUUGGAGAAAUUCCGCCCGCGCCGGAAUCCGGCGGGUCCCCGUCCGCGGGGAAUGUGCGCGCGGGGGCUGCGCACGCGCGGACGGGCUCCGCGGGGAGCGUUGGGCACGGAGGCAGCAUGGACUGGGACGCGGAAGACCAUCGCGGGCCGCCGCCACAGGCGCAACCGCAGCCGCAGGCGCAACGACUAUGGGCGGAAGAGGGGGAUCAGCAGUGGAUGCAGCGGCAGCCUCCGCAAUGCAUCAAGGCGGCGCUGCGCGCACGUGUGGUCGGGCGCCUCGGCGGCAAUACCGCAAGCAGCGCAAGCGGCGCUGCGGGCGCCGCUGGCGGAAGGCCGUUUAUACCCGCGGGAGGGGCGCUACCUCCCCAUGUUCCGCCGAACUGGGCGGCGGGUCCAUUUCCCCCUUCCGCCUCCGCCACCACUAGCUUCAUUCCCCCCCAUCUUCUGCCAUCCCGCCCCUCCGCGAACUCCGCCCGCUCAAUUUCCGCUCCGCCCGCCCGCCCAUUCGCUCCGCCCGCUGCCCCGGGUCCGGGGGCGCACGCGGAGGAGGACGCGCAGCAGCUUCCGCCGCCCCCGCGCCUGCUGCGCACGCUCUCGUCGCUCUCCUCCUCCUCCGCGCGCUCGUCCUGCUCCCACGUUUCCACCAGCUCCGCCCCCGCCGGCCCUGUUGCGCUGUCCGCCCUCCGCGCGCGCGCGGAGGCUGCGGGGGGCAAGCAGAGGCGCGGAGCGGGCGCGGGGAGACCAGCGGGCGGAGGAGGGGAGGGGGGGAAGGAGAGCAGCGGGAGGGGGAAGCCUGGGACGGGGACAACGCGGGUGAAGGUGGCGGAGAGAGUAGCAGUAGGGAAUGGCGUGCAACGAGUGUACUUGAACUGA